UGGGGCGAUGGCGAUGAAUCAGACGCGGCGGUGCGGGUUCGCGCGCCCGACGCGUCUCUUUGUGUGAUUUGCUUGGGGCGACCCGAGUGCUUGGCGAGCUGUGUUUACUGUAACAGCACUUUUCGAGAUCAACAUCACCGCCCCGCCGAGGCCACAUCCCAACUCCUCCACGCCGACCCGUGAAUACUAACAGCAGGUUGCUUUUGUGUGUCGCUCCGGAGCCUGACGCCACGACUACCGCACCCGCCCUGCCGUCGCUCGCUGUCAAUUUUCCACGGCACACGCCCCUCGUCCCUCUGCUCGCCAACGAAGCGUGCAAUUGACCUCGACACUGCCGCAACCGCGACCCAGACCGCCACCCGAGAGACACGCGAGCAGCGCCCCAGCCCAGCAUGGAGAACUACCAGAAGAUGGAGAAGAUCGGGGAGGGCACGUACGGUGUCGUGUACAAGGCACGCGACCUGUCGACCAAGGACCAGCGCAUCGUGGCGCUCAAGAAAAUCCGUCUGGAGGCCGAGGACGAGGGCGUGCCGUCGACGGCCAUCCGCGAGAUAUCCCUGCUAAAGGAGAUGAACGACGCCAACAUCGUCCGUCUGCUCAACAUCGUGCACGCCGACGGCCACAAGCUGUACCUGGUCUUCGAGUACCUCGAUGUCGAUCUCAAGAAGUACAUGGAGGCGCUCCCUGCUAGCGAGGGUGGCCGCGGCAAGUCGCUGCCCGAGGGAUCCACACUCAAAGUUACCAUGGGCCCAGAAGUCGUCAGGAAGUUCAUGACACAGCUGUGCCAGGGCAUUCGCUACUGUCAUGCUCACCGUGUGCUGCACCGCGACCUGAAGCCCCAGAACCUUUUGAUCGACAAAGAUGGUAACCUCAAGCUGGCAGAUUUCGGCUUGGCACGCGCGUUUGGUGUACCUCUUCGCACCUACACGCACGAGGUGGUGACGCUGUGGUACCGUUCGCCCGAAAUCCUGCUUGGUGGUCGGCAAUACUCCACUGGCGUUGACAUGUGGUCGGUUGGCUGCAUCUUCGCCGAGAUGUGCACGCGCAAGCCCCUGUUCCCUGGUGACUCGGAGAUUGACGAGAUCUUCAAGAUCUUCCGCGUUCUCGGCACCCCCACUGAAGUCGAGUGGCCCGGCGUCACCUCGUUUCCCGACUACAAGUCCUCGUUCCCCAAGUGGGCAAAGCAAGACAUCGCCACAACAGUCACGACUCUGGAUGACUACGGCCUUGAUCUCCUAGAUGCGCUGCUUGUAUACGACCCGGCCGGCCGAAUUUCAGCGAAGCAAGCAGUCAUUCAUCCUUACUUCACGGGAGGAUUUCAUGAUUUCCAUUACGAAUUGCGCGGGGUACGCGCUUCGGACCCUUUGCACCUCCGCACCCUCGCCGAACCCACCAGCUCACUCAUCUCGAUGCCGCCCACUCCCCCAAAGCUUCUGCCGACAUCGCAAGGCCCACGCCUGAUUGUAUACCACCAGACAUUCCACGACUCGGCCGGCAAUUACCAUUCACUGCUGCCCCUGCUCACCAACAACACUGGCGUCACCCACAUCAUCGUCGCAGCUAUCCACUUGAACGAGGGGCCGGGAAACAUCACCCUGAAUGACCACAGGCCGGAUGACAAGCGCUACGAGCAGCUUUGGGGCGAAGUAAAAUGGCUCCAGGGAAGCGGAGUGAAGGUGUUGGGCAUGCUGGGAGGGGCGGCACAAGGGAGCUACGAGCGUCUUGGAGGCAGUGAGGACAAUUUCGAAGCCUACUACAAGCCUCUCCAGGCCAUCAUAUCCGCCCACCAGCUCGACGGCAUCGACCUCGACGUAGAAGAAAAAGUAGAGAUUCAGACCAUAACCCGCCUCAUCGCCCGCCUCCGCGCCGACUUUGGCGCCGACUUCCUCGUCACAAUGGCGCCCGUAGCCACCGCACUCAUUCCCGAUCCUAACAUGCCCGCACAUCUCCGCCCGCCGCGGCCUCUGCUCGCCAGCGGCCCGACGCCCAACCCGCUACAUCCUACACUGCCACAUCUCAGUGGCUUCAGCUACCCAGAGCUCGAAUGCAGCGUUUACGGGAAAGAGAUUGCGUGGUACAACACGCAGUUCUACUGUGGCUGGGGCGACGCGGGGUCGACGCAGUGGUACGACGCCAUCAUUGCGGCGGGCUGGACACCCUCCAAGGUCGUCCUCGGGGUAGUCACAAACCCCGGAAAUGGCGCGGGGCAUAUCCCCGUAAGCAGACUUCGCGACGUCUGCGCGCGAUUGCGUCAAAAGUACAAGGACGUAGGAGGUGGGUUUGGUGGCGUCAUGGGCUGGGAGUACUUCAACAGCGGAGACCACGAGGAGGACAUGGUGCACGUUACAUCGCUGGAGCUCAACAAUGAGACGGUGCAGGCAGGCUGGGUUGCUGCGCUGGGGCGAGUGUUGAGGGUCGAAGACGCACCGCGGGUGCAGACGCAAAACCCGAUGCUGGGCGUCACGCCAGAGCAGAUCCGGCAGAUGGUGACGAAGCUGCCCGAGGCGCCAGCGCCGUGGCCUGCAGAGACGGUGGAGAAGCUCGUGGUGCUGGGCUUCUCGAACCAGGAGGCUGUCGCUGCGCUGAAUGCGACCGAGGGGAAUGUCGAGCUUGCGGCGGGUUUUCUGUUUGAGCAGUAUCCGCAGUAGUCAAGACCACAGUGCAUCGGAGCGAGGCUGGAGUAUUCACAUGUGUAUCUGAUGUCUUCCACGUGCGCGUUGACACAUCGUCAGGCGCGUACGUGAGAACAUGCUUUGCAAGUACAUGUAAGUACCAUUACAUGACCUCGCGCAACCAAUGUCCUCGCAUAUAUCUCCAUCCAGUCCUAGCGGUCAC